GGAGCGUUAACGCUGGGCAGCCACCUUAUUUCAACCAGAAUUUCUUUACUUCAUCUCUUUCUGCUCGCGCUGAUGUAGGGGUGCCGCUCGCUGCUCCGCGUCAGAGCAAGGUAAGAGUUAUUGCCCCACAUGUUGACGUUGUGUGGUGAAAAGAAUCUGAGCCAACGGCCCGCAUGCGCGAGCCUUCUCGCUUGGUCGCUCAUUUGUGUCUGCUUUUUAUCCCGAACCGCCCCGGAAGUAUCAGCACAGACGUCGCCAGAGCCGAAGCACCCGCAGAACCCUUCGAACCACAAAGGUCCAUCGAGCCCCGCUGCGAUACCGCCACAGCGGAUUCCUCCGGCAAGGCGGAAGCAGUGGGUCCAGAACUGUCCGGGGUAUCGCCAGAUCGGGCAGCAGCUUUGCCAGUUUGGCUUCGACCGGAUCACGCGGCUGUUCGCGACGCGCUCCUGUUUCGAUGCGGACUACGAACGCAGCUGGUGUUGUCCCGCGCCCGGAGCCACGCACCAGGUGGUGCUCCCCGACUGCUUCAUUCCCGACGGAUUCAACAGCCUCACGCCGCGGUUGUGCUGCAACAACGACUACACCACCCUGGCCGUGCCGCCCAUUCACGCCAAGAUCAAUCUGGGGUUCGGCAGCAACUUGACCUGCUUGGUAGAAAGCGAAAUAGGAAAGGCAGAAGAGGAGGAGGAAAAUCAGGUACGAGAUACGGCUUCAGGCGCCACCAGAGUUGCAUCAUCUAGAAGUACUGCUGGGAACAACGAGCUGCUGCGAAUCUUUCCGACGCUGGACGACAUCUUCCGAGACAUGUGUCCGGAGGCCAGAGAGGCCUAUCAGGCGGUCACGGUGAUCUGGCAAACCAUGAAUCGCCGACCGCCAACCGAAGUUGCCAUGAUUUAAGGGAAUGAAUUCAACACUUUCCUGGAAAAAAGCCGUGGUCUACUUCCAUUCUGCGCUUUAUCUAGUGCCGCUUCCUUUCAGGCACAGCGUACGAAAGCAGACGAAAGCAUCUUUUUUAGCUCGCAUGUGGACACGGGUGGUCAUUUUUUUCCAUCUGUUGUCGUGGCUUUACUAUUGUGAUUAUCAUCAUGAUUUGAAACAAGAAAGCAAACUACUUAGCGCGCCAUUAGAAAGAAUCCACACCACCUCCUGAAAGGAAGCGCCCCGCUAUAUAACGAACAUACCGGAUUGGGUAUCGGGCAUCAAGGGACGGUAUCCAAUUUUUGGACUUCUGAACGCGCUGCUGAUCAGUUCCCCCCAAGAGCUCGAGCGCGCGUUUGUCGCAGCAGCAGGAGCUCCAGAUGAUGAUACAGCUUCCAAACCGACUUCCUCGACAUCUGCCUAUAAGUCCGUGACCAAAUUUCACGCAGAAGACCUUCUGAUCCCGAAGCGCUCGGCCGUGGCGUACCUGCACCUAGCGUUGGAGUACUUCGACCCUUAUGAGAGCGAAGACUACGAAGGCAGGCGUGCAGGAGAAGGAGAAGAUGAAACGAAAAACCGCUCCGCCGUUCGCCACCGGACACAGCUGCUGGCGGAUCAGACGUCGAGUGCUAGAGGGUCUACUUCCACCAGAAAAAGGAAAACUAGGAGAAAAAAACGCCCUCCACCGCGCUGGGAGACGUUUGUUCGGAUGGCGCAGGACGCGUUUCACAAGUACGGCUGGACGGAGGAGAUUGAAACGCACGUGAACUACCUGCUGGACCAGCUGUGGAGUAAGUGGGACGCGCCGAACCGGUGGCGGCACAUCCCCUUCGAAGACUGGCGCAUGUACGACCGGUUGAGCCGUGGCGUGCCGGUGCUGCAAGACAAAGCGCCGAAAUUCACAGUAGACAAGCCAGACCUGAAUUACCACGUUGGGAAGGUCGUCGCGGUGCACGAGGUAGAAGACCAAACUGAUUCCCAAAUUGUGCCUGCUGUGGACGACGAGAAUAAAGCCCGUGGCACUAGUGCAGCUACCCGCCCUGCGGAUUCCUACCCCUCCUGGGCGAAGCCGUUUCUGUUUUUCACCGACGACGCAGCUCUGUACACGGAAAGCAGUGGUGGUGCAACAACUGGGGAAAAUGAAUCUUCAAGCACACCACAACGGCCCGCACAGCCCGAGCCCUGUGGCAGCUACUUUGGUAUUAUGGAGAAGCUGAGCAAAGAGCCGGAAAAGGACGUAACUGUUCUCGACGUCGGGGCGGGGACAGCUCCUUGUGAAGCGCAUUGGCGCUCGAUUGGAAAGCACGUGAAGUACUUGAAGCAGGACUUUGCGCAGUAUGACGUUUUGCCAAACAGUGUGAAGAGGACACCGUCGCACUCUACCGAGGAUCACCUGCUAGAGCACGGAAAACCGGAAACCCAAACCCUCAAUGGAGAAGACCUUUUCGAGCAGCACCAGAAAGACCGGGACACUAAGGUGAUCGAGAUGAGCAAAAAGCUCGGCGUGAAUCAGUUUGCGUUCGGCAGCAGCAUCCACGCCGAGAAAGGGUACGCGAAAAUGGACAUUGUGUCCGACAUCCUGCGCAUCCCACUCGCGUCAAACUCCAUUGACAUCAUCAUCCUCGACCAGGUGCUGGAGCACCUCCCCCACCCCGCCGACGCGAUGAAGGAGUUGCAUCGCCUGCUGAAACCUAAAGGCGGUAUUCUUUUUCUUUCCCACCCCUACGGCAGCUACUUGCACAAUCUUCCCUUUCACUACAACGGCGGGUUCACACACAGCUGGUUCGAGUUCCACUUGGGGGCGUUGUUUCUGAAGGAAGAAGAGAAGAAGGAGUUGCAGGCGGAACAACGGACGGAAGUAGCUGCUGGAAAUGAUGAAGAAAGAAAAGACGAUGAAAAUAGCGGCAGCACAAGAAGAAGUCGAGGCCAAUUGUGGUGGAACUAUCGGUGGGAGAAAUCCGGGGCCGCCCUGCAGCGAUCCCUGAGCGAAAUCGACUGUUUCCAAGCGGUCCUCGGAAACUUCGCUCCCGGGCGAAUCUUUCGGGAGCUGCUGCUCACACUGCUACCCGAAAUCACUGACGUCAUACCCGUAUCAAAUGCAAAUAUGUCUGGUUCUGGAAGAGUCCAAGGCUUGUCAUGCUCUGCUAGCAUGACUCCAAAGUCUGUCAUGCACAUUACCCAAAAGCCCCAUUUUUCUGUCAUGCAGAAACGCGCUUUGUCAUGCAGAAUACACAGCGCCGUAGUUACUCAGAAACUUGUCGUGCUGAGCUGCCAAUGGAGGCGUCCUCAUGAUUGUCCUACCCGCAUCACAAAUUUCCAGACCGAGACGCAUUUGCAAUGCAUAACCCGGCCUCUGUCCCGGGGCGGAGCGCACCGUGCAAGGCGUGAAUGUGGUCGCGGUGAAGGGGUAGAAGACCAUGGUGACAGCCUGUGCUGAAGUGGUUUUUGGGCACACGCUGCUCUUCAGUUUGCCAAGAGGUGUGUAGUGUAUGAGAUCAAAUGAACGCCUGUUGUUUCACUUACUUUUGUCUGUUUUUCCCUGCUUGGGUGGCUUGCUAGUGCCUAUGCUUUUUCACGAAUCAGUUUUCCCAAAAUGACGUUGUGCAUCUGCUUGGCAGCCGCCAAAUGUAACUACUACACACGCUGCUUAUUUCUCUUUCAUCACGUAAUACUCCGUUCCUGAGGGUCUACUUGUCCUAGACAAUAAGGGAAACUCAAACUCUAACUAUCGCAAGAGCCAUAGACGUUUGUUCACGACCCUGACUCUGAGCAGAGUCGAUGCGAG